AUGAUGCAUAGAUGCAACGUGGAUUCAUGUUCUUGUGGAUUGUUUCACAGUCAAAACAAUUCUUUUUCAAUUCCAAAUUCUAAUGGUUAUGAUGAAGGAGGGGAUAUGGAUAUGUAUUCGUAUUCGUAUUCUGGGGAUAUGUAUUCAUCCUCUUCGUCUUCUGUUGAUUGCACUCUUUCUCUAGGCACGCCUUCUACUCGUGCCAGUAAUGAGAAUGAAAAGCGACGCUCUAACUUUGGUUGGAGUAAGGCGGCGCCGUCUUCCUCAGCCAACAGAAACCACCGUGGCGGAAGUAACAGCAAUGCCAAUUCCGGCGGUGACCCACUCUUGGCUCGGCGAUGUGCGAAUUGUGACACCACUUCUACUCCCCUCUGGAGGAACGGUCCAAGAGGCCCAAAGUCACUUUGCAAUGCUUGUGGGAUUCGUUUCAAGAAAGAAGAGAGAAGAGCGACGGCAGCCACCAAUAAUGGCGGUGGUGAACACCGAGUUAUGGACGGUUCAUGGAUUCAUCACAACUCACAGACCCAGAAUACGCCUUGCUUUUCUUCAUCGUACAGUAAUGAAUACAGGUUCAUUGAAGAUGAUGAUCGUGAAUCUGAUACGGGCAUGCCCUUCUCUUGGCGUUUCAACGUGACAGACGGGUCCAGCUACGUUCAUGACUUCACAAGAUAG